AUGGAAGCCCUCCCGAAUUUACCUGUCCCCCACGGACAGCUUGCUCGCUACAUUUCGGAAAAUACGGACAAGACCAUGAUUGACAUCAUGGAACCUUAUCGCAAGUAUGAAGCAGGACUCCGUGGCAUGUUCGCGCAGGACCGCCAGAACCCUGCCCUCAAUGACCCUCACAUCAAUGUUCUACCUCUCUUCACGGAUGAUACCAGCCGCAUCACCACGCGGGCCCGUGAUCUAGCCUCUGAAUCAGAAGAGGAAAAGUCCAGGUAUAUCAUGGCGCUUCCUGACGAGCAGCGUCGAUCGCACGGUUCCCCGGCCACGGUUGGUAGCAUUGAUGAGUUUCAAAAGAACUUCAAUCUCUUCUCCGAGUCUUCGCUUUCGGAGCUCGACUGGAACAAUGUUGUCGCUGCUGGCUCUUCUGUCAUCAAUUGUCUCUUGCCCGUCCCCGAAGCUUUCAAUGUGAACAAGCGCAAGCUCCGCGAAUACUACCACGAAAAGUUCUGCCCCGCCUCCGACGUUGAUCUGUUCCUCUAUGGGCUCACUCACGAGGAAGCUGUUGAAAAAAUAAAGAAGAUUGAGCAAGCUGUUCGUGAUGCCAUCCUCAGCGAAGUUACAGUGGUGCGCACAAAGUAUGCCAUUACGAUUGCAAGCCAGUACCCCGUCCGACACGUCCAGAUUGUCCUCCGUGUCUACAAGUCGAUCAGCGAGAUUCUGACUGGCUUCGACAUUGACGCAGCAGGAGGAGCUUAUGAUGGCAAGCAAGUCUAUGUGACUCCCCGUGCGCUUGGAAGCUUCAUCACACAGAUCAACCACGUCGAUCUCAGCCGCCGUAGUCCCUCCUACGAGAAUCGCCUAUCUAAGUACUCUCAUCGAAACUUCGAGGUCUAUUGGUCUGAUCUGGACCGCAAGCGAGUUGACCCAACUAUUUUUGAAAGAAGCUUCCAGCGAACCCUUGGUCUGGCCCGUCUUCUGGUUCUUGAGCGGCUACCGACCAGCUCGGCAAGAGAGACUUACCGAAACAAGAGACGCCAAGAAAGAGGCCGGCCACAAAUCCACCGUCAGAAUUUCCAUUUGUUUGGAAACAUCAAGGGCAACCACGAAGACGAAAUUGCUGAUUGGCUCUCCGAGGAAGACGUCAGCAACUAUCACACCUUCACAAUACCCUAUGGAGAAAAGUUUCACGCCAAGCGUAUUGAGAAGCUUUGCUACACAAGAGAUUUGCUAUUGAACGCAGAGUGGAACCAACCCAAGGAUCGCAAGGUUUACUUGCAUCGUCACCCCGCAUUCUUUGGUAGGGUUGAGGACGUGAUUGAAGAUUGCUGCGGCACAUGUCCAGUUCCUGUGACACAAGAGGAAAUCGAAAUCGCUGGAAAAGAAGCAGAAAUCUACAUUUCCGGCAAGGUCUCGUUCUUGAUUGAUGAUCCCGGUCGCCAGCAAAUUGGCUCCUUCAAUCCUUUGACAGAGCAGGAUUGGACGGACAUGGCGUAUGUCGGCAAUACUGCGCGGCUAUGCCAGUCCAUUGUCGAUGGCGAUCUGGAAGAUGUGAUAAAUUGGUUGUCUCAGGAAGAUGCGGACCCGAAUCAGAGGGACUACACGGGCAGAUCGCCUCUCCAGCUGGCUGUCACCUCAUCCACCCCCGAGAUGGUCAAAUGUCUGGUUGAUCAUGGAGCACGCUUGACAGCACGAUUAGCGGACGGGAAGACAGCUCUUCACCUGGCCGCGGUUCGUGGUAAUGCUGAAAUUGUCAAGAUACUGAUGGAGAAGAGUAUCAGCAACGAAGAAGAAGAAAAUGACAAACAAGACCGAAAGCGACAAGCCGAAAAGUCCGCAUCGCAGCAGAUUGAGGUCGAGGCCGAGGCCGUUACAAAAGCAAAACCCAAGGACUCAGCCACUAGUGUCGAGGAAUCCAGAAGCGAAGACGAAGACUCGGAUGGAGAGCUCGUCGAGGCUACAGAGACGACGGCAGACGUAGUCUCUGUAGUUACCGGCUCCUUUGUCAAGGUCAAAGAUGGUGUCAAAGGUGACGAAGAUCAUCUUCCGGAAGAGUCUGAGGACGAGCCAGACUACUACCAGAUUGAUCUUUUAGCCUGGGAUAUCCCAUGCUCUCCUCUGCAUUUGGCCAUCGCGGAAGGCCACGAAAAUAUUGUAGAGCUUCUUUGCGAUUACGGCGCUGAUGCCAUUCUUCCCGUCAAAUUUUUGAAAUACGAAAAUGCAGCGAUUCUGACUCUCGUACUCGCUUUGUCUCUGCCACCUGAAAAGGCAAAGUCUAUGGCAGAGUUAUUGUUGAGGCUUGGCGCCAUGUGCUCUCAAGCUGAAGGCAACGGAUGCACCGCCUUCCAUCGUUAUCUGAAGAGCGGACAGUCUGAUAUGGUCGACCUACUUUUGACCAACGACAAAGCUGCUGCAAAAGCUGCAGUUAACCAUCUCUUGAUAUCGGGAUAUUCUUGGUCUAUGAACGUGGAGGCGCCGCUCCAAGUCGCGAUUGAUAAUGGUGACAGCGUCAUGGCAAUAAAACUUCUUGACAUCGGCGCAAGGCCGGAGAUUGAUUUCGAUACCUGGGUAAAGGCGUCUCAUGUUACUAACAAACCGAGCUUUUCCUCGAACAACUUGGAAGAAAACAAAAAGUCCUUCAAGAACAGUGUCGAGCAGCCUUUGCUUUGUGCAGUCAGAACAGCGAGCGCCGACGUCGCCCUUCGACUGAUCGAAGAUGGUGCGAAUGUCAAUUGCCUGACGCCCAAGUCGGAGCAACUGCUGCAUAAUAACUACAUGAGAUCCUAUAACAAGGGGGAAUCAGUUCUUGAUGUUGUUCGUUACAUCAUUGAAAAGUUGAGUGAGUCCGAAGAGAGUGGCUCAUCUCUAAACAAACCGCAGUUGCUUCCCGGAAUGGACGAGUACUUGGCCAAACUUGCGCCGGGCUCUUAUCUUCAUACGCUUGUGUCAUAUGAUAUUGACAAAAAGAGAAAGGACUUCGAAGCAAGUCUCAAACAUUACGAGGAGCAACGCAAAAGAGCUGAUGCCAAGGGCGGCGCCGAGGAAAAGCAAGACGCGAUAGACUCUGCCAUUUCCGAGCUGAACAUGAUCGAAAAGGCACUGGUUGAUGCCGGUGCGAAGACAUUCGCUGAAUUAUAUCCCGACGUCGAAACAGCCACAGAGAACAAUAAGAACCGCUACUACGGCACGAUCGAGAAAGAAGAGUAUCCGGUCUACAAAUUCGACCAUUGGUUCGUUGACGACCGCAACAUGACAGAUAAUAGACGGCAAGGAUACAUUGACCUAAUGGAGGCAGCCUGGCAAGGCGACAUAAGCAAAAUUAAAUCGCUGACGCUUCAGCCUUGGGGCCCCGAACAGGAUCAGCCACCUCUCAUGGCUGAUAUCCGCGAUAACCACAACCAUUCGCCAUUCUCUUUUGCCUUUCUAAGAGGUCAUUACGCUACUGCGAAGGCGAUUCUCGAAAUAAUUCAGGCCCAGUGGACCCCGCAGGAAGAAGAUGAAGUCAGGUACAAGAUCGAAGGCGAAAAUGAUAGCGACCAAGAUGACGAAUACAGCGAUGAUAGAGAGGACUACUCCGAUGAUGGUGAUUCGGAGAACCAUGUUCGGAUAGUCUCGGAAAAGGUGGACAAGAAUUACACAAUCGAUAAUAUUGGCGAAGUUUCCAUGCAGGUCAAGUCGCACACUAAGCCUGUCGAGCGGCUCAUGGCCGGGUGCCGGGUGUUUACGCUUGAAAACGGCGUGUUUAAGCAAGGAGAGGCUGACGAUACUUUAUUUGCACAUGCUAUCAGAAAUGAUGACAUGACUGGUCUAAAGGUUUUGUUGGAUAUGGCGCAGCACUUUUCCGAAGCUCCAAAGGCAGGCGACGAGAGGAGAAAGUCAACCUUUACCUUCAAAGACAACGAUUUCAUCUUGGCUGUCAAGUCUGGAAAUACUCAGGCUCUUCGCCAGAUCAUCAAGAAGACAGGUGCCGGAGUGCCAUUAGACAACCUUGUCAAGAAGAGUGGCGUCCAAGUGAAGCAGAAACCCCGGUACUACCAAGGUUUGACUGUAUAUGGCAAGAAAAGAAAUGAUUGGGCAACCGCUGGACGCAACAUGGUGGUUCGAACCUCUGGCGUUCAGACACCGCCGCUCCUUCACGCUGCCAUGGGCGGGCGGCUUGAAAGCGUUGAAUUCUUCUUGAGUGACGUUCCACAUCGCCUUUAUAACGAAUUUGCAAAGACGAAGCAAGCACGAGAGGAUUCGCGACUGAAGCACCUCAUGGAAGCACCUGGCGGGUUCAACAGAGCAAUCUCGAAAUGGCUUGGUGCAGAUAACGAACUUGUGCUACACUGUGCCGUCAUGGCGAAUCCAGGCUCAGAGUCAAACGAGCUUGUCGAGUAUCUGGUCGAGACUUGUCCAAGCUCACUGGAAAAGAAAGCUGCAGGCGGCUACACUCCACUAAUGGUUGCCUGCCAACUUGGACGAGUCGAGUUUGCCAAAAUCCUGAUCGCAGCUGGUGCGGACCAGUCGACGAGAAAUGACAGGGGCGAAAACAUUGUUCAUGCCAUAAUUAAGCCCGACAGCCCUGUCUGCCGCACCAGAGCCAUGCUCAACCUCUUGGAUUCUGAUCUACGCAAGCAUUUGUUCCAGCAGCGCACGAAUCUCAAAUAUAAUGGCACGACGCCGUUGCACUCCUGGAUCAUGGACUACUAUGAUCGCAAGUCUAAUACCGCGUCAACAAAGAAGGCUGUCGCCAUGCUCAAACUCAUUUUGGAGUACUCCAACGGCGAGGAACUGGACAUGCUGAACGGAGCUGGCGAUACGUGCUUGCACAGCGCCAUCUCGCAGGGCCAGCUGGCCGUCAUCCGCUGCCUCGUCGAUGCCCGGCCCCAGCUUCUGUAUCGCGAAAACGCAGUGGGCCGCACUCCGGCCGAGCUCGCCCACGACCAGCUAUCGUCGCAUGUCUUCCAGCACCACGGUAACCGACGCUACCACCACCGCAAUGACGACGGCAAGAGCCGCGCCCUCGACCUGAAGGAGAGAGACCAGAGCGAGUUUCUGCUGGACAAGCUCGCCCAGGACGACGAGGUACUCAAGAAACAGUCAGAGGAUAUGCACGCGGCGUCUGGUGGUCUGGGAGAGGCGUACACGCCGCACGAGCUGGCGCGCAUCCUCGGCGCCAUGGGCCUCGACAACACCAAGGACUGGGACCGCAACGACUUGCAGACGCCGGGUCUGGCGGAACGCGUAAUGUGGGACAUGUGCAGCGUAGCCAUGCGCAGGCACGCGGGCAAGCGUCGCCUCGUGAGCCUCAAUGAGGCCAACGACGUGGCGCGGCGUCUGGGCGAGAGCGACGUGACGUCGCGUUAUUUCAGCGUCAACAGCCGCCAUGCUGAGGAUGAGGAGGAGCAGGAAGACAAGGAAGAGGAUGAGGGCAAGAAAUUGUCGGAUUUUGUGCGUGACUCGCUGCUGCGUGCUAGGGGGUGGCUCACCAAGGAACGUGAUGAGAGCGCAACAAAGGCGAUCCCAAAGUGUUCCCAGUGCGAGAAGCAUCACGAAGAUGAAGAGUAG